AUGAAGAAUCCUUAUUUCCUCGCGUGUUUCCUGCUGCUGCCCACGGCGUUGCUGGGCCUCACACUGCAGGAGGACGACCUGGUGUUCGACGACGUCGGCGAAGAGACGACCAGCACCGCAGCCACGGUCAUCAAGACCAACUGGUACGAGCAGAAAUACUCCGACGACACGAAGAGGCAUCAGUUCGACAAUGAGCGCGUUAUCCCUCAUGUCGUCGUGCCGGUUGGCCACGUGCUCAAGCUCAAGGUCCACAAGGAAGCUUUCACCGGCCCCGAAGACUACUACGAGCUGUUCGACACUGACGGGAAGCUGCUACGAUGGUUGUAUUGGGACGACGCAGCGUCGACUCUGAUGGGCGUCCCGACGAAGAAGGACGUGGGUAGACGCGUACUGAGCGUGAAAGUGGUGCCAAAGCACGACGUAGCCGAGACGAAGGACCUGUUCGUCGUGCAAGUGAUUCCGGAGAAGCACGAGGAAUUGAAGCACAGGAACGGAAAGACACACUGCAGCGAAGGGGAAGAACAGACGCUGCUGACGAUACUGCUGGAUGCCAGGUUCGACAACCUCUCGCCGGCCACUCGAGUCAACACCAUCGAGAACCUAGCAGGGUUUCUGGGACUUCACGUGAGCGCGUUCUCGAUGCAUCCGCAAAACGUCAAGGAAAGCUUCAACGACGAUUCCACCGUGAUCCUCAGCGGACCAGGGAACGUGAAACACCGGAAGGAGAAGCACCUUACGGCGGUCCAAUGGCAGGUCGGCUGCGACGGCCAUUUAUGGAGGCAUCAGACGGAUUUGGUGAAACAUCUGCGGGAACAAGCGAAAGACGGCACCCUGGCGGAAGUGAUGCAACUUCCGGUUCUGUUAUGGCGCGUGAAGACGGAAUCAAGCUUGUUGCUGAGAAACAGAAGGGAGAGUGGUUCUGGACACUAUAGUAAUCCGGACUACGAGAAUUACGACGAUGAUUAUGACAUCGAAUACGAUGGGGAGGAAGGCGAAGACGGCGAGGAUGGCGAGGACGGUGAAGACAGCGAUGACUCGCAAGUACCGCCAACUUUCAUGCCGGAGACGAAUUCUCCCAAAGCAAAUGUACCGGAACAUCCUCACAGGCAUCACCACGGCGAAGAGCCUAUCGAUUGGAACACAACAACCACUGAACUUACAUCACCACCAUCAACAACUCCAACAACCACCACCACGACGACCAUCUCAACUACUUCGACAACAACAACCACCCAACAACCACCCUCGUCAACGGCCACUAGUAUAACAACUAGCACAACAACGAGUACAACAAUAGCAGAUACAACAACAACAACAGCAAGCAUCAUGCCGACCAUCAUUGUCCCAUCGACCGAGACAGUGGAGAGAUCGGAGAGCACCGAAGAGACAACGAAGAAUACCAAAUACACGGAGAACGAAUCUCUAAACGUCUCAUCCGUCACUAUACCAGAACUCACCACCAUCCCUCCUUCGGUAAUCGUUCCUCAGUCUAGCACCACAACCACAGGAACCACCGUUGUUGUCGAAAGGACGGAACCGGACGUCACCACUGGUACCAUUAAUGUCACCACAGAAGAGCCGACGGAACAAUCGUCCACGUCCUCGACGAAACAGCCCGCUACUCUGUUACCGGCCACAGUACCUGCCCACACCAGCACCACAACCGCGUUCACAGCCACCGCGUUCGUCACAAAUAUCACCACGACACCUACAACAACGACACAGAUGAGAACAAUACCAACCACACCAAUGCCAACUACGACAACCACCACUACCACCACUACCACUACUACCACUAUGGCUCCGACCACUGCUAGCACAACCACCACCACGACUACAACCACUCCAGCACCGACCAGCCCUGCCACCGAACCACCUAGGAUUACCACGGAAACCAUAGAGUACGGAAUUCGUAACUCCGCGCCUAAGCAAGAUAGAAGACUGAAGAAGAUACCGGUUACUGCUGGGAAACCGUUGAACUACGUUAUACCCGCCAACACGUUCAGCGAUCUCGAAGACGGGGACACCAGGAACCUGAAGCUGAGUUUGUAUCUGCAGGGUGGUGCACCAUUGAAACCGAGUCAUUGGCUGCAGUUCAAUCAAAGGACGCAGGAGGUUUACGGAUUGCCAUUGGAGAAUGAUAUUUCUACCUGGACCUACGAAUUGAUAGCCGCUGACAGCGAGGGAUUAAACGUGACUGAUCGGCUUGAUAUUCACGUACAACAGCACAAGCUCAGUCGCAGCGUGAAUCAUGAAUUCAGUAUUUACUUAAGGAUCGAUAAGCGUACUGAGUUUCCCACAGACGUUGACUGGGAGCUAAAGGUAAUUCGAGGCAUAGCCGAAUUGUACGACGAUAGCGAUACCAGGCAUAUCACUGUCAGAUCGGUUGACAUCGAUCGCGAUCAAGCGAUUUUCACUUGGACCAACGAUAGUUUACCCAGAAGCAGCGAGUGCCCUAAAGAAUAUAUCAACGAUCUAUUGCAUGUUCUGAUCGACAGGAACGGUGAUCCUAGUUCCUUGUUAAGAGAUGUCCUUCUUCCUGAAAUUAGAGUGAAACGAGUGGUCUAUCAAGGUAUUGGACAGUGCGAGGACAUGACCCGUCCAGAAAUACCAAGAAUAUCUACCCAAGAGCCUAAAUCAAACUUUCCACCAGUACCAAGGAACCAGGUGGACCUUGUUAAUGCCACUGUUGGCCAGUUGCUCGUAUUUAAAGUACCAGAGGAUACUUUCUACGACGCGGAAGACGGUUCAGCAAGAAACAUGCAAAUGUCUCUACUAACCAUCGAACGCAAGCCUAUUUCUCCGCACGAGUGGUUGCAAUUCGACAGCAAGAACCAAGAAUUUUAUGGAGUGCCAAUGCGUAGUGACGUUGGGCGCAAGGAAUAUCAACUAGUAGUUACGGACAAAGACGGCGCGAGCGCCACUGACGGCCUAGUGGUAGUUGUUCACUCCGCACCCUUCAUGCACCACACGGUGGAGUUCUCGAUGACUUUGGACAUUCCAUACGAGUCGUUCGCGCACUCUGCCCUUCAGAAGCGCAACUUCAUUGAGAAGCUUCGCGAUCUGUAUCAGGACAAAGAUACCAAUGCGAUCUCUUUGCACAGUAUAUCGAACGGCAGCACGGUGAUCACGUGGCACAACAGAACCUUGCCUACCUCAUAUUGCGCGCACGAAGAAGUGAGCAGGUUGCGGUCAGUGCUCGUUAAGAGUGACAACGAUCGUCGAUCCGUCACGGACGAAGUUCUGGACGUCAUGGGCCUGAAGUUCCCCGUGAAACAGAUCACCGUGAUCCCUAUGGGCAUCUGUCUUGGCGAGUUACCAAACGUUCACUCGCCAGACAGCCACGCUCCACCGCUGGAUGGAGAUUCCACGUCAGUCGGGGCAUUCCACGACGAUUAUCUUAUCACGUUCGUCCUGCCAGCUAUAAUAAUCGCCAUAAUGCUAAUCCUAGCUGGCAUCAUCGCCUGUGUGCUAUACAGACGAAGGCGUAGCGGGAAGAUGAGCGUCAGCGAACAGGACGACGAGAGACAGAGCUUUCGCAGCAAGGGAAUACCCGUCAUUUUUCAGGACGAGCUGGACGAAAAGCCAGACCCAGGUAACAAGUCUCCCGUCAUUCUGAAGGAAGAGAAACCACCGCUACCACCCCCCGAGUAUCAAAAAGCCGAGGACGGCGCGGACGUGCCGAUGUUGCCAAAGGAGAAUUCCGAGGAACCGUACCAGCCGCCUCCGCCAUUCGCAACGAAUCGCGACACCAAUCGUCAGAAUCGUCCAAAACCCACUCCCACGUACAGGAAACCACCCCCAUAUGUACCUCCCUAACAAAAUACAGUUCACUCGCCCACGCGCAAAUAUAUGCUAGCAAUGCUCGGAGACUCCCCAAUACACGCGCAAAACCAAACCAACUAUCAGAAGAAACAGUUUGUCGGUAAAGUCGACAACUGUGGUAUUCUGAACGUAUACAACAAUCUUAACUAAACAAAGAAAACAAAAAAAAAAAAA